UCUAUUCUAUUUAUUUGGUUUAAUGGAAAUAUCCUUGAAAUUUCAAAUAUAAGAGGAAUUCCAAUGGCUGGAUUGGCUGAGUGCACCCACAGUGUGCUCGACCAGGUCACCCACCUGGCCACAUUGUUGGCAUCGAACCAGCAGGUGACCGAUGAGUCCACAUCUGCCGCUGUGGUGGCCAAGAAGCGCUCCGAAAUCUACGAGGCGCUCUUCCGACGCGGGACAAUGUCCUCGGAGCAAAUUCUGGAGCUGCUGUGCGAGGUGAGCAGCCAAUUAAGAAAGGAUCCAGAGCAGCGAGGCAGGCUACAGCCCUUCCAGAGAUUGCUGGAGGAGCUAAGGACGAGGGACUUGCAGGGCACUGAAAAGAAGGUGGAAACCCGCACCAAAGAGGGGUUCAAGGUUUUGAGGCCAAGCGUGCUUAAGCUCCACGAAGUGCAGCUAAUGGACCACCAAAUAUUCAGGGAGCCACUUCUCUUCAGAUCAAUCCCUCAACUGAAGCGGGAACGCCAGCCCCUGCAGCUAAGGGAGCCCCUUUGGGAUCCUCUGCCAUGUAAUAUGAAUAAGCCAGUUGGCAGGAUAAACCCAACAAACAUCUCGAUUUUAACGGCAUCCCAAGCUCGGAUUAGGGAGAGUGGCCAGCAAUCAAUGCCACCGAUACCGAAACUGGAUUUCCUUAACACAAAGAGGUCCGAGAAGCUCCAGAAGUCUGGAGAACCUGGUUCGAAGAAGCAUUUUGUCUCGGAUCUGAUGAUGAGCAACGAGCUAUAUCUCGCAAUGAACAAAAAACUGGUGCUCAGCUAUAUCCAGGAAGCUGUUCUCAUUGACCACCUCAAGAAGGCGGCUGCUGGUCUCCAGUCGGACACGUUUAUGUGUUCGCCGGCGGAUGACAAGAAGCUGAUGAUUAGGCCCAACACCACCCUGCGCAGUGUGCUGCCGGAUAUUCUGGCGGACUUUGCGGAACCCUUUUUAAGAUCGGGUUUUGCCUACCGGCGCUUGAGCGCCCGCACCAGCUUUAGCACCCUCACCAAUGUCCGUGUGGAAAGACCUCUCAACCGGGCCUUUCGCGAAAUUCUGGAGGAUUUCCUGGCCACCAUUCGCCAGUUUCUGCUCUCGCAGUCCGCUAAGAGUCUUCCCCAGUUGCUACUAAACUCCCGGUCUGCUAUGCAGCUCCUGCAGCAGUUGGAGAAUGUUUUCCAGGAGGAGCCCAGGCUGAAUCUAGAGGCUGGAGUUCCUGGCUAUUUCCUGAUGAGCUGCAUCUGGCAGAUCAUCGACAGCUGUACCCAUAGCGACUUCCUGCAGCUCCUUAUUUAUCUGCUGCGCAGGAUGUCGAAGACUUACUUUGGCCAGUUGCAGAGUUGGAUUUACAAAGGCGAACUGGACGAAGAGCUUAACGAGAUUUUCAUUAGUCGCUGCCGAAACACAUCGCCUUCCCUAAUGGAUGAGUGCAGCAAGGAAUUCUUCAACAGGGGCUACCAGGUGGUCAACGAGGAGGUUCCAGCCUUCUUAUACGGCUGCGAGCAGGACAUUCUUCAGUGCGGAAAGUAUAAUCGCGUAAUCAAGGCCUACAAUGCUCAGCACCCAGUCUUCGAUGUGGAGUUCCCUUCCAUAACAGUUUGUUUGACGGAGCAGCAGCUCAAGGACAUGCGUCGUGGCCUGGCCGAGAAAUAUUCGGUCAUCUAUCAACGGUUUGGCUGGUGCAGCAUGCAAAGCAUCUUCCAGGAGCGCAUGGCGGCCAAGCGUAACUCCCAAGACCUCAUGGUGCAGCGCACCCGGGCACAUCUGGCUGCCUGGGAGGAGCAUAUGCGUGUCCUGCAGCUGGAGGCAAAUGCCCAGAAAAAACUCCGCUACGAACAACUCAAUGCCGAGCUGGAGCUCAACCAACAGAAGGUUUUGGAGAAACGGCGUCAGGAGAUUGUCGAUGAAUUGGUUUUCCUAAAGGAAAGUGAGCGUCUGGAGGAGAAGAGGCAGCUGCAGGAGAAGGAAACAUUGCUAAAGAAAGUGGCUCAACUCCAGGGUUUAUUGGAGUCCCAGGACACUUUAAGUCCCGAUGACAGCUCCAACAGUGAUCGCAGCUUCAAGUCCUGCCUCGAGGGACCCCCUUCUCGCCCAGAAUCUGUGAUAGACAAGCCAGAGGAGGAGCAGGCGGAGGAGGAGGAGCAGGCAGGCAAGCCAAAAUCCCCAACUACCUUGCGCAGACCGCUGGACGAGCUCAACUCCAAUGACCAUGUGACCUUCCAAUCGGAACUGGAACGUAAUCGCAAGCACAUACUCUCCUCGGAGCACUUUCAGGCCAUGGUCAAUGUCCAGGACUCCACUACGACCGGUUUAAGAGCCCACCUACCCCCUCCCGACUUUAAUGCCAAUGUAAAGGACACGGAGACCCAAGACCAGCUCACUGACCUCCAGCGAUACCGACUCCGCAUGCAGCAGCAUGACUCCUUUGGUAACUACAACUCCACCGAGGAUGACCACACCCGCCGUAUACAGCGUCAAAUGCAGUCCACCGAGGAUAGGGCCAUUAACAGGCGGCGGGUAAUGAGCAGCGAGUAUGGCAUUAGGCUGGGCGAAGGCAGGGUAGAUGCUUUACAUCUUCCACUGGAACUCAACAAGCUGCAUGUGGAAGUGCCUUUGUCGGUAACGCCCAUGUCCAUCACCUCCGAUGCCGAUUUUGGGCCACUGACGCCGCCUGACCACACAGCUGACAAGGAUGCCGUUAAUAAUAACAUUGCUGAUGGUGCUGAUGAAGUGGAGGCCGUGACCGUAUCGCCACAGAGUAAACCUGAUCCGGUAAAAGCAGUGGGAACACUUUUAUCCAACUUUAAGCCCACUUUCAUACUCCCCACAAACUUUCAAACGAAAAGCAAAGAGGCAGAGACCACACCUGUUAUCUUAACGGAGGCCUGCAAUCCCUUCAUGGCCCGCCGGUGCCUCCAGCUCUCCGUGAUGGUGCCUGUUAAUGCCCACUACGCUCUCCUUCGUAACGAGGUCUUGAGAAUAUUCAAGGAGCUACGCAUCUACGAUCAUUUUCGCCGUCUAAGAAACUACUUCUUUCUGCUGGACGGACAGUUUGGUGGAAUGCUCACCUCCGAUAUUCUCGACAGGAUCCGAGCGGGCAUCGAUCCCAAGAGUCUGAGCCAGAGGGGCGUACUCGACGCCAUGCUGGGCAAUGCCUUGGCUUGCUGUCCGGCGGAUGAGACCACGGUAACGCAGAAUCUUCACCUGAAUUGCACCAAGAUACCAGAUAAACUGGAUUUCUGGUCCCUGGAAGCCACCUCCAUGCUGGCCCUAAACUGCAAAGUGGACUGGCCCCUCAACCUAGUGAUAAGUUCGGAAACAAUUGUGAAAUACGGACAAAUAUUUGGGUAUUUGCUGAAGCUAAGGCACGUGAGUUUCAUUCUGGAUGGCACCCACCAGCACCUGCAGCGGGUGGGAAAGCUGCUGGGCCGAGGGCUCCAGAGCUCUGUCCAGUUUCGGCAAUUGCAGGUGGUGCGGCACAAGCUGUUGCACUUUGUGACCGCCCUGCAGACCCAUUUGGUGGCCAAGGCUCUGCAGGCCACAUGGAAGAGCUUCAAGGAAGACUUGUGCACAGCCAAUUCCAUCGAAGAUCUCUACAGGCACCAUGUGGCCUACCUGAAGCGGAUGGCCUUUUUGACUUUUCUAAACCGGAGGAGUGCCAAGGUCAAGGAAACCAUCGACAAUAUGCUCGUUAUAGUCCUGCGCUUCUGCAAAGUAAUACAAUCGCAAACGUUCAUGCCGGAUGUGAAAAAUCAGUUUGUACAUCCCCGUUUCAAGAGAUUGCUGCAGGAGGAGGCCGAGUUCGAUAAGUUUAUGCUUUAUCUCAUAUAUUUGGGCAACAAGGCGGCCGCCUCUGGCUACCAGGAGGAGAUCGGUGACCUGAUAUGUAUUGUUAAUUUUAAUGACUACUAUAUAGUAUCUGAGCAGAAAUCGGUGUCUUGAAAGCGCAGGUCUACUCCUCAACACACAUUUUACGACAAACCCACAAGAUCACAAGUAAAAGAUCUUUAAAUGAUUUUAUAAAGGCUCCAAAGUCGCUCAUUUCCAACGCUCUUGACACUAAUCCGCGUCUUAGAUAAGUUAGUAUCAAAUAUCGAAACGAAAUGAUGUACCUUAUUGUUGAAAAAUAUGUAACUAAUGAACGCGUCCAUUAUCUCAGAACACGCUCGAAUAAAUUCAUGUAUCUA